AUGUCAAAUUCCAGCCCCUCGGAGGCCCAGUCCGGCCAGACUGACAUCGUGUAUCGAUCUCUCCCUAUCCUCGCCAGCUACCUCAUUCUGGCAGGCUCUCUAGCCUUGAAUGGCUGCCGCACCAUUUUCAUUCGGUAUCAGGCGCGAAUCAAGAAAAAUGACUGGGAGACUCCUCAGCGACGCGUGCAAUUCUUCUUGUUCGCCAUUUUGGCGGCCUUGAGCCUCGGCGCGACCUGGUAUUACAUGUUUGCUUUCUUUGCGCAUUCGUUUCGCAAUUGGGAAGCGAGCCAGACUCUAGUGGAUCUUGCAGACCCGGAGAUUACCACUCUUUUCAAAUUGGAGCUUUGGUUGCAGAAGGCGAAAUUGUUCCGUGAAGCUUGGGAGACUGUUAUUGAGACGCCUGCUCGGUUUUGGUGGAGCGGUCAGAUCUUUUUGUGGACGACCGGGUGGAGUGUCUUUCUCGGUGUUAUGGCUCGGAGAUAUCGCAUCCCCCAUGUCUGGGCGUAUAUGCUUCUGGGCCAGAUUGUCGCUAUUUCCUUCGCUCAGAACUUAUUCUUUGCUACCAUUCUUGUGUCGCGACAGCCGCGCUCUACUGACGGUACCAAGAAGGACAAGAGUGAUGCUGAAGAUUCUAUCGCAGCAUGGUCCCCGCCUUGGUAUUCUGAAGUUCUACCGGUGGCUAUCUCGCUCAUCAGUACUGUCCUGGUCCCGACGGUGGCACAUACCAAGCACUUUAUGCUGAUGUUGCUGGUACCGCAUCUUUUCCUUUUUGUGCCCGCUAUUCUGCGCCCGAGUCAAUCCUCCACUAUUAAGACGCACGGAAAGGGCCACAGCGAAGAGAGGACUAUUCGGAGAUACGUGUCAUUCUUCCAGUGGUAUACGGUGGCUUGUGUGGCUAUCCAAGCCCACUCUACGUUCCUGGUAUUGCAAGGCAUGGGGCAAGAUAUUUCUGUUGAGUCAUUGCGAACAUUGGCCGUUAACCUGCCGAGUGUUAUAUAUGAGCAUCCCGCUGUCAGCAGUGUCAGCUGGGAUGUGGUUUACUGCACCAUUACUGCAGUUGCUUGGAUUGCUGUGAAUGGUGGCAAUCCGAAACGAAUGCUUGGGCAGUGA